AUGGAGCUGCCACAAGACAUCGCUAAGGAGUUGGCCGCCAAUGCCAAGGCCAUCGCCUCCCCCGGGAAAGGUAUCCUUGCUGCAGACGAAUCGACAGGCACGAUUCAAAAGCGUUUUGACAGCAUUAAGGUGAAAAACGAAGAGAGCAACCGUGCGGCAUACCGGGAUUUGCUGUUCUCGACGGAGGGUUUGGGUCAGUACAUUUCCGGAUGCAUUUUGUUUGAGGAGACAUUAUAUCAAAAGAAUUCGGCGGGUGUGCCAAUGGUGGAGCUGCUAAAGAAGCAGGGCAUCAUUCCUGGAAUAAAGGUGGACAAGGGGCUGGAGACAAUCCCACGGACGGACGAGGAGAAGGCGACAAUGGGUUUAGAUGGUCUAGCGGAGCGCUGCAAGAAGUACUACGAGGCAGGCGCUCGUUUCGCAAAGUGGAGGGCGGUGCUUUCGAUCAACCAAGCACAGGGAAAACCGUCGGACCGUUCUAUAGCGGAAGUCGCCUACGGCCUCGCGCGCUACGCCGCGAUCUGUCAGCAGAACCGCCUUGUGCCUAUUGUUGAACCCGAGAUUCUCACAGACGGCGCCCAUGACAUUGCAACCUGUGCACGUGUGACAGAGAAAGUCUUGGCAGCUGUGUUCAAGCAGCUCAGCGAUCAAGGGGUGAUGCUGGAGGGCGCACUGCUCAAACCCAACAUGGUGACCCCGGGCGCAGACUGUCCUGUCAAAGCCAAACCAGAGGAAAUUGCCUUCUUCACUGUCCGCGCCCUGGCCCGUACGGUGCCCCCCGCCUUGCCAGGAGUCACCUUUCUUUCGGGGGGGCAGUCGGAAGAAGAAGCUACGAUCAACUUGAACGCAAUGAACCGCAUGGGGCCCCACCCCUGGGCCCUCAGCUUCUCGUACGGACGUGCCCUUCAAGCUUCCACUCUACAGGCUUGGGGAGGAAAGAACGAAAACAAAAGCAAGGCUCAAGAAGUGCUGCUUAAACGCGCAAAAGCAAAUAGCGAAGCGCAACUCGGUACAUACGCAGGAGACGCAGCAGGAACAGGAGCCGGCAAGUCUCUCUAUGAGAAAAACUAUGUAUACUAG